AUGAAAUCACAUUGGAAUAAGCAUGGAGAGAAACAAGAAAGUAGUGAGAAGCUUGAUUAUGAAGCCACUAAGGACGAGACAUAUAAUGUAUUCCAAGCUGCCUACUUUAUGGGUGAAGAACUUGUCCAGCCUAUACCUAUUAAUGAACCUACUGAACAUGGACAUGGUGACGAGUUCAUGAGGAGACUAGAAGAAGCACAAACUCCUUUGUAUCCAGGCUAUGAAAGUUACACAAAGUUGUCAGCCAUUGUAGAUUUGUAUGGACUCAAAGGCAAGAGUGGAUUAUCAAGUAAACAUUUCAAUGAGUUGUUAGGUAUCAUUAAACGUAUGUUGCCAAAGGACAAUGUUUUGCUAGAUUCAGCCGCCUCGAUUAAAAGCUUCCUCAAGAUAUUUGACAUGGGGUAUGAAAAGAUUCACGCUUGUGUGAAUGAUUGCUGUCUCUUUAGAAAGAAGUAUGAGGAACUGGACAACUGUCCAACAUGUGGUGCUUCAAGAUGGAAGAUAAAUAAGCGUAGUAAAGAAAUCAGAAAAGGCAUUCCAGUUAAGGUUUUGAGAUAUUUUCCUAUUAUUCCUAGAUUUAAAAGGAUGUUCAGGUCUUCACAAAUGGCUAAAGAUUUGAGAUGGCAUUUUGAUAACAAAAGCACAGACGGGAAAAUGCGUCACCCUGUUGAUUCUUUAGCUUGGGACCUGGUUAAUGAUAAAUGGCCCUCAUUUGCAGCUGAUCCAUGUAAUCUCAGACUUGGACUUGCUACUGAUGGUUUCAACCCGUUCUCCAUCUUAAGCUCUAAAUAUAGUUGUUGGCCGAAUGGGGUUGAGGCUUAUGAUGCAUUUAGCAAAUCAACUUUCAAUUUGAAGACAAUGUUGAUGUGGACUAUAAAUGACUUUCCAGCAUAUGGAAAUCUUGCUGGCUGUUCUACAAAAGGAAGAAAAGCAUGCCCUAUAUGUGGGAAAAAUACACAUCAUAGAUGGUUACGCUUCAGCAAGAAGUUUUCAUACAUGGGUCAUAGGAAAUUUCUGAAACCCUCACAUCCAUACCGAAGAAAGAAAUCGUGGUUUGAUAAUAGUGUAGAGCAUGGCAGCAAGCCCAGAGCCUUAACAGGUCACAAUAUUUCUGCUGUUCUAAAUGAUUUUCCAAAUGAUUUUGGAAAAGGUGGAGACAAAAAAAGGAAAAGGAAUAAUAAUGAGAAUGAUGGUGAUGAUGAUGAGGAUGAGGAUGACACAAGUGACAUUGAUAAUCAGAAUGAGCUUACUAGGUGGAAGAAAAGAUCAAUCUUUUUUUCUUUACCGUACUAG